CUCAAUUUAUAUCACAAUUUCAUAUCAUGAAUUGUAGUCAUUUAAUUACAUAUUAUAAUGAACAAAUGAAUAAAUGUGGUGAAACAGCUAGUGGUGCAUUAACAAGAUUAGAUUAUGUUAAUUUACAAUUACAUAAUUUAAUUAAAAAUAAUCAUUUCAUACGUUUAAUAUAUCCAAAACAUUCUUAUCCUUAUACAGAAUUAUCUAUAUCAAGUAUGGUCAGUUUGAGUAUCAGAUUGUCUAAAUUCAAUGUUCCAACAUUUCAUGAAAGUUCAACAAUCCAUAUAGAUAUUUACUUCAAAAAUGUACAUAGUUUAUCUUUACCAAGAAUCGAAACAUUCAAUGAUGAAAAUAUCAAUAAAACAAUUUUAAUCACACCGAAAUUAAUUGAUACCCCAUAUUCUUGUUGUACUACUUCGAUAUCCUCAUCAUCCAAGUAUAAUUUACAUUCAUCAUAUUGUAAAUAGACUAUUCAAUAAUUCAUUGAUGUGAAUUAAUAAUCAUAAUAAUAAUACAAAUGACAUUUGAUUAUUUAUAACUCAGGUUACUAAAUGAUUAUCUUGUCUUCUUACUUCUUUUUACCCUUGUACAACAUUAUAUUGAUGUAUUGAAAGUAAAAUCAAAUCAUUCUAAUAUUGAAACAGGGUGUAAUUUGUUUCUGAGAAAUAAAUCUAUAGGGUGGGGGUAAUUGUUUCUUCUUAGUUUCAGUGAUUAAUGAGUAUGUAUGUUUUAAGUGAUUUCAUGAAUCUCUAACAAACAAAUAAUUAUUUCAAUAGUUCACAUCAUGAGUCAAUUGAAGCUAGA